ACACACCAAAAAAAAAAAAAAGGGAGAAAAACCUCUCUGUGCCCAAAUCGCGAGUCGCAGACGCACGAACACCACUGACAGGCUGCUGCUGCCGCUGCUGCGCCAUCACCUCCACCAGCACCAGCAGCACCACACACCUCUCCAGGGACCCGCCGCUGCUGCCUCCUCUGCGAUUCACACGCACAAACAUUACUUUGAAUCUUUUUCCUAGAAAAUUACUUGGAUACGCUUGUUUGUCCACUUUCAGCGACUUGUUUCAUGGUGGAAGGGCGUUUUGUCAUCCACCGCAUUUUGCCUUUUUUCCCCCUCCCUCCCUCCUCCUCCUCCUCCUCCUCUUCCACCUCCUCCGUAGCACUUGGUAGAAUAAGAUGACCCGUGCAAGGUGUGUGAAUCCCCCGCAGGUACGGACGGAGCCGGGGAGCCUGUGACCGGUCGGUCCAGCAGCGGGGAUCGAUUGGGAUUGACGGGACAAACUCGUGCGUAAAAAGAACUCCGACGGAUAUUUUAUUUGGACGAGGGGAUUUCUUUUUUUUUUUCUUCUUCCUUUUCUCUUUUGGGACACUGAAUCCCUUUUUGGACGCUUGUUUUUUUGGCACCGAUUUACGGAGACGUUGCCGGAUUUAGAGGAGCGCGGUGGAGACUGAGAGAGAGAGAGAAAAAUCUUCGGGAUAACCCCCCCCCCCACACACACACACACACACACACACCACCCCCAACAAGGAAGCACCUCAAUGUUGCACUCCGUGACUCUGCUCCUGCUCUCCGGUGAUCUGUCCUUGCACCGGGAUUCGAUCUCCGACUUACCGCCGGAGUUGUGCGCGUAAAAGAGGGGGACGCGCAAGAGGGGGAGAGAGACACACACACACACACACACACACACAGAGAGAGAGGGAGAGAGAGGGAGAGGAGGGGGGCGAUCAACCUUUCCUUAAAAUCUGGUGGAAGCAGGUGUAUUUUUCAUGCAAGUCAAGAUGUCGCUGCUGCCUUCGAGGUUCAUAUACCUGUGUUUACAUCUUCUAGGUCUCUAUUUCCAGCUACAGGAAUGCCAGCAGAGCUCCGCCGAUUUCAGGUUCUACAUCGAGAACCACACGCGGAACCCCGACGACCUGAGCCGGAAGCAGGUGCGGAUCUACCAGCUGUACAGCCGGACCACGGGGAAGCACGUGCAGAUCCUGGAUAAGAAGGUCAACGCCAACGGAGAUGAUGGGGGCAAGUAUGCUCUCCUCGUGGUUGAGACGGAAACGUUCGGGAGCCACAUUCGAAUAAAAGGAAAAGAGAGCGACCAUUACAUAUGCAUGAACGAGAAAGGCAAAAUAGUCGUACGGCCCGACGGGAGGAAGCAGGAGUGCGUCUUCGUCGAGGAGUUCCUGGAGAACAACUACACGGCCCUGGUGUCGGCCAAGUACAAAGGGUGGUACCUCGGCUUCAACCGGAAGGGGCGGCCCAAGAAAGGCUCGCGGACCACGCAGCGCCAACAGGAAGUCCACUUCAUGAAGCGCCAGCCGAGGGGCCGCGCGGACCCGCUGGAGGAGUUUCUGUUCACCACAGUGACUAAGCGGACACGAAGGGCGCGGCGGUUAAAACCCAAGAGGAACUGAUGGGGACGAACGGGACAGCGCUAGUUUUCCUCGUGGGGGGGGUGGGGGUGGGGGUGGCGUCCCGUGGGGAUGGCGCGGUGGGGCUGUAACUGAAAAUCUCAAGCUUCUUCUCUUCUGUAACAGAAAAGACAGACGGACAGGAAAAGAAAAAAGUCAAAGAUGUUUUAUUUUUGUAUUUCAGGAUGACUGAAUAUUUCCUAACUCUUGGAUUCUUCUGGGUUGAUGUCAUUGUGCUAACGUGUCCGUCGUGUUAUUUAUAUUACUGGAUAAACUAAAGGACUUCUGAGAGGAGCUCGCCCGUCGUCCUCGGCUCCGUCUGAACUGCGGGCCGAAGGCAUAGAACCUUCCUCUUUCCUUUUUCCUUUUUUUUUUUUUUUUUUGACGACGACGGGGACUGAAAGCGGGAGCUGACGCAAUGUUAUAAAAAUCAGCCAACUAGAGAUUUAUUGGAAUACCUGUCGGGUUUUUUGUUUGUGUUGCCCCUGACAACACGGAUCCCAUACUUUCCACUGGAAUCAGACACCAUGGAGAUGAAACACAGAGAGGGAGGGAGAGAGAGGUGGCGGUCGCAGGUGACACUGCGCUGCCCGGGGUGACUGUGUAGCUUUUAGUGCAAUAUUUUACCGGUCUCUCUCUUUCUCUCACUCCUAUAUAUUUUUUUAUUUUUUUAUUUUUCUCCUUUCCUCUCAACCUCAGUCCUCUCACUCGCGGCUCCUGGAAUGCGCCGGAGCCUCCGAGUGCCGCGUGCGAUCCCCGCGACAUUUCCGCUGCAGCUCCGAACCACGACGUGCUUCGACUAGUCCGGCUUCAGUCCUGUUUAAACACACACGCUAAGACAAUGGAAGCCAACCAGACAAAGUGCUCCAGCGCCCCGUCACGUUCGGGAGACGAGGGUGUCAACCCCCCCCCACCCCUUGUCGUCGCCACUUCGGACUCGCUUUUCCAAACCGGCUCGCCGUGGCGCGCGCUGACGGACGCCCCCAAUUCGUCGAGGGCGCGCGGCCUCCCGGGGUCGUCGAUGAGGACUUCCUCUACCUCCUCGUCCCUGCGCGUCUCGCCCGUGCCCAGUCCCGACUGUCUGCGUCUCCAGAAACCCCUCACUCACCGGACGAAAGCCCGUGCUCGUUCUGUCCGGGGAACGCCGCAGCUCAGCCAGCCCCCCCCCCCACCGCCCCCCCGACGUCCUCCACGUGACAAUGAAAGACUUUCCCCCUGGGAAAAAGAAAGAGAAAGACGCUGAACAGGACUCAGGGGAACACUCGAGCGACACACGUUUAAAGAGCUUGUGUCUGAACCCCAAAGGGAAUUUAAAACAAAAAAAAAAAAAGUCUGUGCUUCUUCUGUCGUUCAAACCCCGCGGCCCCCUCCUCACCUGUAGUGUGUAUCCACCUGUCCGCCGGCAGGUUGUUAUUUCUUUCUCUCUUUUCUAUGCGUUGCUACUAACAACAAUGACACAUUUAUGAUUUUUUUUUUUGUCCUUUUUUUUUUUGUCCUUUUUUUUUUAAACAAAUGUAAGCAAAAAAUAAUUUUAUGACUAUUAUUAAGAUAUUUAUUGCCUCCCUUUUGUAAAUAAAAAAUUGUGAUGAGUUUUAUUUGGCCUCUGUUAAUAAAAUGAGGACUAUAUUUUAAAAAGAGAAACGUUAUGUCUCUUUUGUUUUUUUGCGACCGGUGACCAAAGGUCAAGGUGUCUGUCUGCGUCCCGGCGUCGGAUGGCGGCGAACACGACGCGGCCCGAGAGGGGGAAACGCCGCAGGGCAGCGAUUGGUCGCCGGGCAUAGCGUACAUUCCCUUCUCCGCAUUCUGCCAAGGUAUGCGUUGUUUUUUUGUAUACAAACUCACAGAGUGUGAGGACUGCGCUCCGAGGGUCGGUUGGUUUUCUUAAAUGUGAGCGAGGUGCGUUGCAACAUCCCCGAAGGCUUCUUUUAUAUCAGCGUGAAGGGCCAGCGAGUUCACAUCUGG